AUGAAAGUGCAAAUUCAUAAGCAGAACAUUGACAUUGAUUGGACCAACUUCAGCAAUUUGGGAUACCUCUAUUUUAUUAUGUUACUGUUGUUAUUAAGGCCUACGGUUUCUUUGUCGACCAUUAAGUAUAUUCCUGGAUUUUCCGGUUCCCUUCCCUUCAAGCUUGAAACUGGAUAUAUUGGCGUGGAUGAGAACCAAGAUGUUCAACUCUUCUACUAUUUUAUAGAAUCUGAAGGAAAUCCAAGUGAGGAUCCCCUGGUGCUUUGGCUCACUGGAGGCCCUGGUUGCUCUGCCUUCUCCGGACUUGCUUUUGAGAUAGGCCCUAUACGUUUUGACAUUGUCAAGUAUAAUGGCAGCUUACCAACCAUGGCACUGCAUCCGCAUUCAUGGACAAAGGUCUCCAGUAUAAUCUUCUUGGAUGCACCAGUAGGCACUGGAUUCUCCUAUUCAAGGAGCUUCCAAGGUUCCAAGACUGGAGACACAAAGUUUGCCAAACAAAGUUAUGAAUUUCUGAGAAAGUGGUUGCUGAGACACCCAAAAUUUAUUAGAAAUCCCCUCUAUGUUGCCGGUGACUCACAUUCUGGAAGGAUCGUUCCGAUCAUUUCAAGUAAAAUAUCAGCUGGCAUUGAAGUUGGGCAUGAACCACCAAUCAAUCUCAAAGGUUAUGUGCUGGGUAACCCAGCAACAGAUUCAAAAUUUGAUGACAAUUCAAAAGUUCCAUUUGCUCAUCGCAUGGCACUUAUUUCUGAUGAAAUCUACCAGUCGGCGAAAAGGAAUUGCAGAGGAGAAUAUGUAGAAGUAGACAAGAGCAAUGUACAAUGUGCAAAGGAUCUUAAAGCUAUCUAUGAGUUUCUGAUUGGUAAAACUAGCUGGUUACCCACUCCAGAAUACCAGCCUAAGCAAUGUUUUGCUAUGUUCAAGAGAUGGACUUCUCAAGAACCUGCUCAGCUCCAGAACCCCGAUCUGCAAAUUGCUUGA